AUGGCUUCGUACGAUCCCUACGACGCACCCCAUCGGGAGCGCACCACCAAGCGCUACUACCGAGAAGAACGCCGUGAGGACCGUGACCCACGCUAUUACGAGUCGCGCGAGACCCUCCACGUUCAGCCAUCGCGGGAUCUCGUCGUCCCCCGCGGCCGUGAGGAUAGUGACCUCUCGGUCGAGGAGAUUCGCCGUGACUUCCCACCCCCUGGCUACUCGACUCGGGAUCUCCGCCGCGCUCGUUCCGCUGAGCCCGGCUAUUACGACGAAUACGACGACCGCCGUUCCCACUACAGCCGGGACCGCGGCUAUGAUGACUACGACCGCAAAUCGCGUAAGAAGUCGGACCUCGUGUACGAGGAAGAGCGCAAGAAGGCCCGGGUGCUCUCUAAGCAGGAACAGAUCAUUGCGGCUGUGACCGGUGCUGCCCUCGCCAUUGGUGGAAAGGAGCUCUACGACCGUCGCGAGGCCAAACAGUCGGGAGCCGAUGUCGAGCGCAACAUUCUAGCUUCGGCAGCACUCGGCGCCGCUGGCGCCUUUGCCGGCUAUCAGGGAACAGAGUUCUACAACAAGCACAAGGAGAAGGAAGACAGGAAGGCCGGCCGCUCCGGCUACUACUCGGACGAUGACGAGACCGUCAAGGAGAAGAAGGGUCACAAAAACUUCUUGGAGAACGCCCUCGCUGCUGCUGGUUUGGGCGGUGCCGUCAAGGCCUUGACGGGCAAGGACGACAGCAAAUCGGAUACCCGGAGCCGCCGGGAUAGCCGGUCCCGCUCUCGUUCUCGUUCUCGCUCGCGCUCGCGUUCUCGCGGCAGGGACAGGGACCGCGAUGAAAAGGGCGAAGGGAGCGGCAAGGUCCAAAAGGCCGCCAUGGCUUCGCUGAUCGCCGGCGCUACCGAGGCUUUCCGCAUCUCCAAGCAGCCCGGCUCAUGGAAGGGCGAGAAGGCUAAGCGCAUUCUCACUGCCGCUGCCGGUGCAGCGACGCUCGAUGCGGCCCAAAACCCGGACAAGGCCGGGAGCAAGCUCGGACUGGCCGAAGCCGUUGUGGGUGGUCUUCUUGGUAAUCGCGUCAUUAACGGCUCCAAGAAGAACAUCGAGAUGGACGAGAAGACCGGCCGCUCCCGGUCUCGCUCCCGUGCGCGCUCCAAGGACGGCAGUGGUGGAGGUGGUACCAGCGGUCUUGCCGCCCUUGCAACCGCCGGCCUCGGUGCCUUUGGUGCAAAGAAGAUCAUGGACAGCCACGAACGAUCCCGCUCCAGGCAUCGCAGCGACUCUCGCGACAGUCGUGACGGCUCUCGGGACCGCCACCAUCGCAGCCGCAGCCGCAGCGUGGUUGACUCGGCCCGCCGUCGCCUGGCCAGAGUGGGCAUCGGCAAUGGCCCCGAGGAUGACGAGCGGAACCGCUCCCGCAGCCGCGACCGCAGGCGUGACUACGAUGAUUACAGCGACCAUGGUGCCUCCCGCCGGCACCGCGACAAGUACGACGACUACGACAAGGGCCGCUCGCACCGUGGUGGCCACGGCGCGCGUUCCCACUCCCGCUCCCGGCGCGGAUCGGUGUCGUCGUCCGACCUGGGUGAUUCGGACGACGAUCGGAAGCGAGGCAAGAAACUCAGAGGUAAGCAAGUUCUCACAACGGGGCUGGCCACCGUGGCGACCAUCCACGCGGCCCAUAGUGUGUAUCAGAGUGUGGAGAAGCGCCAGGUGCGCAAGAAGGCGUUGGCAGAAGGAAGGAUUAGCGAGGAGCAGUCCGCCAAGCUCAAGAACAAGGCCAUUCUCCAGGAUGCUGCGGCUAUCGGCAUCGCGGCGCUGGGGAUCAAGAGCGCUGUGUCGGAGGUCAAGGAAGCGAACGAGAUGAGGCACGAGAUCCGUCAGUUCAAGCUAGAGAAGGAAGAAAGGCACAGAAGGCGCAUCGAAAGACAAAAGCGGCUGGCGGACUCGGUCUCCGGCUCUGGCAACAAUCAAGUCGUCAGACGCAGAGCUGACUCUUGGGACUCGGCAGCUCCAACUGGAGGCCGCCGAUACGACGAUGGGCCUCGUUACUACGACGGAAACCCAUACGGCGCACUUCCCCCUGGAUCGACCGACAGGGUGUAA